UAACUGCUCUAUACUUGCAAUUUUAAAAAUGACAUAUAUAUUUGUAUUAACGUAAAUGCUUCACGUUAUGUUUUUAAUUUGGAAAAAAAAACGCCGAGCCGUCCCCCCAAAAAAGCUACCACGAAAGAAAUCGCUUAAUUAUGAAACGCUAACCGGAAGUUUAGUGAACCCAAACACUAGCAUUAGCUCACUAGCCGGUCGGUGUUGCCUACAAACUUCCCUUAUAAUGGCCGUCUUGCGAUUGUUUACCUUGUGACAUCCGUCGUCACGAUGAUGAACGAUAUUUCAGAGGAGCCGGAGAAGGACAACUUGCUCGAAGCGCCUCGAAAUUUGAUGGGACCUGGUAGUGGCGCAAGACCAAAAUCUAGCGAUGGAGGCAUCAGGCCGAUGGAGAAAAGAGGACCUUACAUCAUGUCAAGAGCGCCGGCCAUCCAUCUUAAACUACAAAAACACAGGGAGCUAGCUAGGAAGGCGCUAAAGAAGAAGGGUCUCUCACCUGGACCGCCUGUUACACAUCAGCCCAGGCAAGGAGCCAAGAGAAAAGUCAAGUUUAACAAGGGCUAUGCUGCCUUGAGUCAACACGCGGAGGAAACUUUGAUUGCACUAGAUUCAGACAGUGAUGAAGAGAUUGAUUUUGAGCAGUGCUCCUCGGGCUACUCUUCGGCUGAGAUCCACCCGGACUUGAAUAGGCAGCUGCUUCAAGACGGCUACCGACUGGACGAGAUUCCCGAUGAUGAGGACCUGGACCUGAUUCCGCCCAAAGCCAUGGGUUCCUCCUUGUGCUGCUGCAUAGAGACCCCGUCUUGCUGCACGCAGUGAAAGACUUUUUUUUUCGCGGAACACCAAAGCAGGUUUGUAGUCGGUGUUGGACGCCAGCACUUGCUGCCUUCUAGCCGACCCGGCGUUGCGGCUGUUUCCUGUUCCGAGGCCGGGCUUCUUUUGACUCGCAUGGCAGCACAGAUGGACAGCAAAAAAAAGAAGAAAAAGAAAAAAGCCUUAUCCACUGUGACUCCAAAGCUUGACCUAUUUUUCUAUUUUCUUUUUCUACAUAUAUAAUCGUUUACGCUAGCAUUACAAAUAGUGACUGAUGUGUUCUUUCUAAAUGUUUCAUCUGCAUUUUUAGCAUUCCACGACCGCUGUUACAUUAAUGUCAGCUAUUUCUACAUUUAUCACCUUAACGAAUUUGGAUAGGAUAUCAAAUACGCGUAUAGUGUAUUUAUCUGGCUAAGCGAUGCAUUUAAAAAAAAAAAAUGGUGAUACAGUAUGUAAUCAUUUGUGUAAUGAGUGUGCAUCAGUAUUAUGAUAUUGUUACUAAAACACUGGUCUAACAAGGAGUACUAGGGCCACAUAUAAAAAAUUGGGGGAAAAAACUUAACACUUUCAUGCAGGAGUUAUGACUUUUUUUUUAGCAUAGACGUCCGAUCCUUUUGGACUGGGAGGAGCGAAGUUUGUUCUUUCGCCCCUCCUAGUCAAAAUGGAUCGGAUUUCUAGUGCCGUCAAUUAAACUGAAAGAUGCGCAUUUACGGCUAGUUUAAAUAAAUUGGACGUCUUUUGACGUCAAUGGCAUGCAAUGAAUGAAAUACUAUGAGAAAUGAAAAUCUCUAGUGUUACUUGAGGACAAAACCGGUUGAUUUCCAUUUUUAGUCAUUUCAAUUUCAUUCAUUUAGCUUUUUUAUUAUUGUAUCUACUAUAUUUCUGAAUAUAAAAAUAGUUACAAUAAUGAUUUUUAAAAAAAGCUCAUAUUUAAGUUUUUUUAAAUGACUAUAAAAAGUCACGUGGGUGAUUCUCAUGAAAGGUAUGUAUUGUGGUUAUUAGGCAUGUGGCGGUAUGACAUUCUGACAGUAUGAUAACCUUAAGCCGAAUCUCACCAUAUUGCAAUUACAGCUCUAAAAUGUGGUACAUUGAGAUAUCUGGGUUAAAAAAACAACAACUUUCCAUUGAACAGGAUUUUUAUUUUUCAAAAUAUAUUAGCAAAUUGGAACAUCAGUAUGUUAAGUUAAAAUAAAUAACAAAAAAUACCUGAAAUGUUCUGAAUAAAAUUCAAAUAAAUGCAGUCCUUUAGGUGGGCCUAAACACACAGCCACAGCUCAACAUUAUUAGCAUCAGAACAAAAAUAAUUUAAUUAUUUUCCAUAAAGAGCAUGUGUGUAUGACUCGUAUCAUGUUUACAUUAUACACUCUCUUUCUCAACACAGACAGUUGCUUGAAAGAAUAAUACACCAUGUUUUACCACCACUAAACACGAUAGAUUUAACUCUCGUAGCUGGUGGGAAACAUUCAUGACCGUGUUUACCAACCUUUAAUUUUGUAUAAAUGUGAAAUCAUAUUGGAGGUAUUGCCUCCUCGGCAGCCACGCUCCGUCAACAUGUUUUACAUGCCGAUUUACCCUCCUCCUCUAAGCCACGGCUGUCUGUAACUUUUCUGUGGCCGAAGUAUUCCCAUACCAGCAAUUUCGUUUUCGUCAAUGGGGUAAAAAGUUCGGGGGUUUCACCUCCUCCAGCUAUCGUGUAGCACAGCUGACUCACUGACACUGAGCAACAACCGGUAAGGAAGGGUUGAGCCUUGCAGCUGCAAGCGAGGGAUUCCUUCCUGCAUUUUUCGAUGAUAAAAAAAUGACUAAUACCGUAGGGACGGUAUAACAAUUUUUUUUUUUUUGCGGUUUUUUAACCUUGACCUUUUCAUGCCUUAAAACCGGUAAUCGGCACAUGUCUAAUGGUAAUGAAGGACAUUUAGCAACGCUAGCUUAAAAUAGCAGAUCGCUACGAUGACUCAGUAUUUUUUUUUUUUUCAUUAACAGUUUGAACUCCCUAAUAUUUACAGUAAACUAUCUAAAAACAUGUAAUAUCACACAUUAUGGUAAUGAUCAUCUAUGUUAGGGCAGUACUGGUAUGAAAACUUAACAAUCUUAAAAAAAAAAAAAAAAAAAGCCAGAGUCUUCCCCUGUAGUCAUCUUUUGUCUUGCCUUUUAUGUGGUGCAUCACGAGGAGUCAGAAUAACUUUAUUUAAAAAAACACUGAUUAUGACGGGUCCAUGAACACAAUGCAACGGUAAUGAAAGCUGAUCUUGACACUAGAUUUAUAUGAACAUUUAUAUGGCGGAAAACACUCAGGUGACCUGAAGUUCCGCUCUGAGACCCUCAAUUUGGCCAACUUUCAAAAUUGUCCGAUAUGCAUGUGUGAUACAUCAUUGGAAAGCUUAAAAUCUCAAUUUUCUGGAGGAAGAAAACAUUUGAACAGGAGGGCAUUUAAAAAAAAAAAAAAAAAUUAAACAGCAAAACCCUAUUGGGAGGUGAGAGCACGCGAGAGCAGAAUUACAGACGCCAUGACUUUAACAAGAUAUUAUCGCGUACUUACCUUGUUUUGACCCAAAAAUUCCAUGUAGCACCUAUCACUGAGUAUCAAGACACAGCUGUAAAUGGCCACAGUCGGAUUUUUGGGGGAUUUUAUGGGUGAAACAGUCAUACAACAAGGGUCGCGAUGCAGAAAUCGCAGACAUCAAGGAGUGGUCGAGAUGUUCUUUUUCAUAUAUUUACCCUUUUAAAUGUUUUUUUUUUAAAUAAUAAUUAUAAUAAUACAUUUUAUUUAUCUUUUUUUUUUUUUUUUCAACUUUUCUUUGUUUGGACCAAUUAUUUAUCAUCUAACAUUUUGGGGAAAAUGCCACAGGAACAAAAAAUACAAUUAAUAGAUAGUUAUGAGGUAGAUGUCCGCGACUUUUUUUACAGACACCAUUUUUUUCCAUUGUGACGUAAUUUGUUUAAAAGUUUAAAAUAUGCGAGUGAAUAAUUUUUUUAAAGUUUUUUUUUUUUUAAUGAAAUAUUAGACAUCAUUUAAUGAUUCUAAGCCAAAAAUUACACAUUUUGAAUAAUAAAUAUAAUUAUGGCUGGCUUAAAACACAAGCAGUUGCACGACAUCUGUAAACGGGGGUUUCCAGGGUAAAACGAACAAAUUAAAAAUAGUUUGGGGGCUUAAUGCGCCAUGAAUAUGCAAUUGCAGCAUAUAGACAUAUUGUUCUAUCAAACACAACAGUUGUUUUGGCUUAAAAUUCAGCACUUUCUUUUAAAGUGGAGUGCAAGAGCAGAAACUGCUUUUUCAGUCGUGUCUGUGUUUUCCCCCAUAUAUAUAUAUAUAUAUAUAUAUAUAUAUGUAUGUGUGUGUGUGUAUAUAUAUAUGUAUAUAUACAUAUAUAUAUGUUUACCAAAUUUUCGGACGCAGUCGCAGAAGAAGAAGUUCAAGGAAUCGUGGUAAAAUGGAGAACAACAGGCUAAAUAGGGAUCCGUUCAUGUAAUAUGUUAUGUUUUUCCUCAUAACUAUAGCCUAAACAACACAACAUAACAAUCACACUGCUGUCAGAGUCGGGCAAAAAAUUUUAAAGUUGCUCCUGAGUAUAAAUCGCCGGCCCAGACAAACUAUGGGGGGGAAUGGGCAUGUAGUCUGGAAAAUACGAUAUAAUAAUUUUUUGUGAAAUUGGUUGAAUAUUUAUGAUGCUGUAUUGAGGUAAACAUUUCAAAGCUUUUCAUGGACUCAUUACGGUAAUUAAUUUACUCCUCUAAAAUCAGUUAAAAACAAAAAAUACUAUUUUGGUAACAAUUCGUGGACUGGACCACAUAAUAGUUAUGACCAUCUUUCAACUAAAAUGAACUAUUUCGGGUUUUCAUGACUAAAUCCCUAAAAUAUUCGAAGAUAUAGUUUAGCUUAGCUUCAUGAGAAUCACCCGCCUGCCCGAUAAAGGUCUUAAGUGUCAACUUCGGAAUAGCUGUUAGAGACCACUGUCCCUGGUAGGGUUAAAAAAAAAAAACGAGGUGGGACACAUGGUUCUAUACAAACUAACAUUUUUUACUUUACUCCUACAAAAAUAGCUUUGUUCAUUACAACAGCAUUACAAUUCUAUUCUAUCCAUGUCUUUUUUUCUUGUAACAAACUACUUUGAAUCAUGUGACAUUAAUACCUCAUUCUUAUGUAAUAACAUUUGCAGCGCAAGGUUGCUUUUUUUUGUAGCACUACAGCAUUAUUGUAACAUUCCUACUAUUUUUCCGAUCGGUGUGGCCCUAAGACACCUUUGUUGUCAUCCUCUGUCCAAAAGUUACGUUCUACCAAUUAGAGGUUGACUGAUACGGAAUUUUCAAAGGCCGAUACCAAUUUUUAAAAAAUAUUUCAGCCAAUUGCCGAUGUCCAAAUCCCAUUUUUGAAAGUGAUAUUUCAAGCCAAUAUGCUAUUAUGUUAAGGAUAUUGGAGCACUCAUUAUAUAAAUGUCUAUAUUAGAGAUUAAAUUUUUCUUCUGCUACUUCAUUUUAUAAUACUGGCCACUCGGUGGUGCAAAAUCAUAAUUAACAUCGAUCAUCACCCAAACAGCGAACAUGAGUUAUGCCCAUAUAUUGGCUUUAUAUCGGCUGAUCUUGAAAAAAGUCCACAUAUCGACCCAAUAUUGGCCUGCUAAUAUGUCGGUCGACUUUAAUUAGAAAGAUCAUCACCCAAAGAAACAACAGUUAUCCCAUUGUAUUGUGCGAUCUUGAAUUAAGUCCAUAUAUCUGCCCGAUAGAUUGGUCAGCCAAUAUAUCAGUCAACUUUUAUAAGAAAAUCACCCAAACAGUCAACAAUUGUUUUAUUAUAUCAGCCAAUCUUGGGGGGAGGGGG